UUUCCCACCAAACAUUUCAAAACUCUCCGUUAUUAUAUAAAAACACAUCAAAUUUCCCAACAAAUUCUAAACUCAAUAACCACCGCCAUGGCCGCCGCUCAUCACCACCACCUCCACCUCCUCCUCGUCGCGGCGGCGCUGCUAUCCUGCGCCGUCGUCUCCCUCCCCCCCUGCCCGCCCUGCGGCUCCAACCCCGUCCCCUACCCCCUCAGCACCGCCCCCACCUGCGGCGACUCCGCCUACAAAAUCCGGUGCUCCGGCGCCGGCGCCCUCCUCUUCGACUCCUCCAACAACACCUACCCCAUCACCUCGAUCUCCCCCUCCACGCAGCGCCUCACCAUCGCCCCGCCGUCGUUCCGCCCGGGGACCUGCCUGGCCGCGGAUCUCCCCUCCAACGGGCUCCAGCUCAGCCCCUCCGCCCCCUUCAACAUCACGAGCAGCAACACCAUCUUCUACCUCAAUUGCUCCAAUUCUAUCCUCAAUUCGCCCCUCAACUGCACCUCCACCAGCCUCUGCCACGUCUACAGCAACGCCACGGCCAGCCCCUGCCGCGGCACCCAGUGCUGCGCCUUCCGGGCCGGCGGGUCGACCACCGCGUACCGGAUCCGGGUCAGGGAGGAGGGCUGCCGGGCCUACCGGAGCUUCGUGAACCUCGAUCCCGCGCUGCCCGUCGACAGGUGGCCGCAGCCCGCGGUGGAGCUGCUGUGGCUGCUGCCGCCGGAGCCCACGUGCGCCGCGCAGGCCGAUUGCGGGUCGGGCUCCACGUGCGGGCCGGACCGGAACUCGAAUGGGGUGAGCAGGUGCUUCUGCCAUUCGGGUCUCGAGUGGGACCCGGUUGCUGGACUUUGUGCUCUAGAGUGCAAAGAUCCAGAUGGUUGUGGCAAAGAUCGAACUGCGCUUAUAACAGGUCUGACAGUUGGCCUCGGCGUGGCGCUGCUAGCAUCUCUGGUCGGCUUCUUCGUGCACCGGCGCCGCCAGCUCAUCAAGCGCGAGCAAGAUCGCCUCACGCGGGAGCGUGAGAAGAUUCUCAACUCCGGUGGCGGGAAGUCCGCGAAGGUCUUCACCGGCAAAGAGUUAAAGAAGGCGACGAACAACUUCGCUAAGGACCGCCUCCUCGGCUCAGGAGGCUAUGGCGAAGUCUACAAAGGCAUUCUCGAUGAUGGCACCAUAGUCGCCGUCAAAUGUGCCAAGGUUGGCAACUCCAAGAGCACGGAUCAGGUCCUCAACGAGGUUCGGAUCCUAUGCCAGGUUAACCACCGGAGUCUCGUAGGCCUGCUUGGCUGUUGUGUGGAGCUGCAACAGCCAUUGUUGGUCUACGAGUACAUCCCUAACGGAACCCUCCUAGACUACCUAGGAGGGGCCAAGAGAGGUCUUCUCUCUUGGCAACGUCGCCUCAGCAUUGCGCAAGCGACUGCUGAGGGGCUGGCCUACCUCCACUUCUCAGCAGUGCCACCUAUCUACCAUCGUGAUGUCAAAUCGAGCAACAUUUUACUCGAUGAGAAGUUGAACGGGAAGGUCUCGGAUUUCGGGCUAUCUCGUUUAGCCCACACGGACCUGAGCCACAUAUCCACGUGUGCUCAGGGCACACUCGGAUAUCUAGAUCCAGAGUAUUACAGGAACUACCAACUUACGGAUAAGAGCGAUGUGUACAGUUUUGGGGUGGUGUUGUUGGAACUACUGACUUCGCAAAAGGCAAUCGACUUCAAUAGGGCGGCGGACGACGUGAACUUGGCGGUAUACGUGCAACGACUUGUGGAGGAGGAGAGGGUGAUGGAGGCGGUGGACCCGUUGUUGAAGGAGGGGGCAAGCAGCUUGGAGCUCGAGACGAUGAAGGCGUUGGGGUUCCUGGCGGUGGGGUGCUUGGAGGAGCGGCGUCAGAAUAGGCCGUCAAUGAAGGAGGUUGCGGAGGAGAUUGCGUAUAUUAUUAGUAUCGCAACGGCAAAGCCUACCGGAGAGUAGCACUUAUCAUUUGAACCUCUUUCUAUAUAUAUAAACGCAUACGACAUACUAGAAGUUAUGGUAGGUUUUUUUUUUUUUUUGAGCUCUUUUAAAUUAUGUUUUUCCUUGGGUUUAUUUUGGUUUCAUCCUACACUUGCAGUUGAUCUCACUCAUUGUACAUAGUUUGUGGCUAGUGAACAAUUUCCAUGUUUCCAAUUUAAGAUGCAAUUUUCAACUA